AUGGCCAUGAACGUCCUCUCUCAUACUACAAGCCCCUCCUACGAACUAACAAUGGACUCCUCCAGCGCCCCCACUGCCAACACCGACAGCACCACCGACAGUACCACCACAGCUGCAUCCACUAAAUCCGGAUCAGGAGGGCUUCGCAGAAGCAAUACCCUCAAGGCUUACCUCGCCAACAAGAACAAGCUCAAGGAACGUCAAGCGAUCAAUGUCAUCGUCGAUCCCACCGUCCUCCAGCACCACGGAGAGUCCUCGAGCUCUGAUCCCGAGGUUGACGGACCAUCGUCCCCCCUCAAGUCCGUGCCCACAACCCCCAGUACCGGGGCCCCUCUCAUGUCUCCUCUCAUGUCCCCCGUGAGCGGCCGGAGAAUCGAUACAGACCUGGAUGUCCUGGACAAGGAGAAAAAGUCGAUUGAGGAACAACUCGCCACCAUCACACAGCAGCUGAACCAGCUCGAAUCCUCGCCCUCGCCCUCGCCCUCGCCCUCGCCCGUAUCGCCAUCAAAGGAGGAGUUGGUCGAGAAGCGGACCUUGUUCUGCUCACAGUUGGAUGCUCUGCUGCAGAAGCGUCGUGAGCUCCUCCAGAGUUGGACCCGUGACUAUAAAAGCCUGAAGCGGUCUGGUUCCCUGGCCAAGCGACAGGACGAUCUUUUUUGGGUUACCACUGCCUAG